GUGUUCUGGCUCAUCCCUCCAACCCAUUCGAACCUGGAGCUGUAUGAGAGCUGGGUCCUGUCAGGGAAACAGGGAGAUGUUUUCCUUGGAGAUCGAGCGUCUGACUGUCAGAGGAUUGAACUAAAACAGGGCUGCACCUUCAUCAUCCCAUCAGGUUGGAUUCAUGCUGUCUACACUCCUGUCGACUCCAUAGUGUUUGGAGGAAACUUCCUGCACAGCUUCAACAUCCCAAUGCAGCUGAACAUCUGCAGUAUAGAGGACAGAACGAGGGUUCCAGUGAAGUUCCGUUUUCCAUUUUUCACUGAAAUGUCCUGGUAUGUGUUGGAGCGCUAUGUCUUCAGUCUGACCAAGAUCUCCUACCUCACACCUGAGUUUCAGAAACACUCCUUGGGCAUAGGCCUGGAGAGAACAUCUGGCACUGAUUCAGCUGAGGAGCAAGAACAAGGAAGUGACACAAACGAGCAAGCUUUAGGUCAGCAAUCUGACAAGACUCCAUCGAAGGUUCAUUUGACUCCUCUGGAGCUGGACGGGCUUUGGAACCUUGUGGGUAAACUGGAAUUGUUACCUUCUAACAAGAGGUGUGUCCCAGUAGGGAUCCAAAAUGCAUCAGCACUCCUUACUCAUAUCAAGGCUCUACUGAAGGAACAUGCUAAUGAUAACCCUAAACUGUCCUACACAGGAAACCCCAUCAUCAGGUGGCCACAGAGGCCGUCAUGGUAUCAGCCACCAUCUCCUCCUCCUCCUGCUCCUACACCACCUCCUCCAGCAGCUUCUCGUCCUAAAAUACUUUCUACACCCGUCAACCCACGACCUCAGAAACCAGCAUCUUCCAUGUCUGUGCUGAGGCGGCGCAGGGUCAGAUGUAAGCGGUGUGAGGCCUGUGUGAGACCAGAGUGUGGGGACUGUAACUUCUGCAGAGACAUGAAGAAGUUUGGAGGACCAGGCAAACUGAAGCAGACCUGUGUGCUGCGACAGUGUCUCUCUCCGGGCCUUCCRCUGUCUGCUGUCUGUGAGAUCUGCAAAGAACCCAAUCAGGAGGAGAGUGGAGACCUGUCCCUCACACUGAUGGAGUGUUCCAACUGUGCACAGAUCGCCCAUCCUGCCUGCCUCACG